UCUUACACAACAACACAGCAGAUGAACAAGGGGCUCCUGGUGAGCAAACCUGCUUUUUACUGUUACUUGAUUUGAAAUUAAGGCUUCUUUCACUGGUCCUUUCUACCAUAGUCUUCCUGAAGGACAAGUCGUCCUAAUGGUGCGGAGGACUAUGUAAAUGCAGGUAAUAUUUCAUUGCAAACAGUUAUUCAUGUUCUUGGACCAUGAAGAGAGGGAAGAAAUAUUUCUGCGUUCCUUGACCAUCAGGAUCUCUUUCUAGGUUCCCUGUGAUCUAGAUAUUAGAACUUCUAAAUUUCCACCGCUAACCAGAGAGAGAUGCUAAGAGUGCCUCUGAAUGUAGACAGAAUGUCUUUUGCUUUCCACCAGACUUUUCAUCUCUGGCUCGCAAGCCGAUUGAUUUUUUUUGUUAUUUCACUGGCUUUGAAAGAGAUUAUAGUAAUGCCAUUUUAUAAAACUUUGCCUUGUGAUGUGAAUAAUAUAAUAGAUACUUCCAAAAUGUAUAUGCAAGUUGACUGCAGCGACCGUAAGCUCAUACAGUUUCCAAAAGAUAUUCCUCACAAUGUUACCAACCUGACACUUGCUGUUAAUCGCAUUCCAAAGAUUUCCAAAAGCCAUUUUAUAAACCUAAAAAAGCUUCUAGAAAUUGAUUUCAAAUGUAAUUGUGUGCCAGUCAGGCUGGGACCUAAAGAUCAUGUUUGCACCCAAGGUCUGAAAAUCCAAGCUCAUGCUUUCUCCAAACUCUCCAGCUUAAAAUCACUUUAUUUAGAUGGUAACCAGCUCUCAGCAAUCCCCCAGGAUCUCCCACCUAAACUACGUCUUCUGAGUCUUGAAGCUAAUUCCAUUUUUUCUAUCAAGAAAGGAAAUUUUUCAGGACUUAAAAACUUAGAAGUACUCAAUCUAGGGCAGAACUGUUAUUAUCGCAACCCCUGCAAUAUAUCUUUUGAAAUUAAUGAAUUAGCCUUUCAACCUCUCACAAGUUUGAAAGUGUUGUCUUUGAAAGCCAACAACUUAUCAAAGGUUCCACAAAACUUACCAUCAAGCUUAAGAGAACUCUACCUCUAUAAUAACGCAAUUCGAAAUAUCACUGAGCAUGAUCUGUUCUCUCUGAAUAAUUUGGAAUUACUUGAUUUAAGUGGAAACUGCCCUCGUUGUCACAAUGCACGAUAUCAUUGUAUUGAAUGCCCAGGAAGCAUUUUAAUCAAUUCCAAAGCCUUUGACUCAUUAAAGCAUUUAAAGGAGCUGAGACUGCACAGUACCUCCCUUCAACAUGUGGAUUCCCGUUGGUUUAAAAAUACUAGGAACCUUCAAGUGCUUGAUCUUUCACAAAAUUAUUUGGCUAGAGUAAUUCAGCAAGCUCAUUUUCUACAGUUUCUUCCUAAUCUUGUAGAACUUGACUUAUCUUUCAAUUAUGAACUGGAUUCAUACCCAUUAAACUUUAUUCUCCCCAAAACAUUUUCCACCCUGUCUAAUCUGCAGUCCUUAAGAAUAAGAGGAUUUGUUUUCAAGGAACUGAAUAAAGACACUAUACAAAAUUUAAUUCCUCUUAAAAAACUUAACGUCCUGGAUUUUGGAACCAAUUUUAUCAGGAACGUUAACAUUUCUAUGUUUAAAGAAUUCCAGAAUCUUACAACAAUAAUUCUUUCUUUUAAUAAAAUAUCUCUUUUUUCAUAUGAGCCAAAUAGCAGGCUUUACUCUGUUGUCAACUCAUCAGAUGAUCAAUAUAAUGGCAAUGUAUUGAAAGAUAUGCAGUAUUUCAGAUAUGAUGAAUAUGCUCAAGGUUGCAGAUCUAAAAAUACAGAGGAUAUUCAUUCUUUGUCUUUUGUCAAUGAGACUGCAUGCAGCAACUAUGGAAAAACACUUGAUUUAAGCAGAAACAAUAUUUUUUUUAUCAAAAAGUCUGAUUUCCAACAACUUUCAGACCUUAAAUGUCUUAACAUCUCCAAUAAUGCUAUGAGCCAAGCUUUUAAUGGAACUGAAUUUGCUCAUCUAUCCAGUUUGAAAUGUUUGGAUUUAUCUAACAAUCGGAUUGAUUUGCUACAUCCGAAUGCUUUUCAACAGCUGAAAGAACUGAAAGUUCUAAAUCUUAGUGAUAAUAGUUAUUAUUUUAAGGCGGAAGGUGUCACACUUAUGUUGAACUUUACCAAAUGCCUGGUUAAUCUGGAAAUACUGAUUAUGAAUGGCAAUGAGAUUUCUGUAUCCACUGAUAACGGAAUGGAAAGUGAUUCCAUCAAAACGUUAGAAUUUAGACGGAAUCGCUUGGAUAUUUUAUGGAAGGAUGGAACUAAUGAAUACUUGGCAUUCUUCAAGAAUUUGAUCACCCUGGAAAAUCUUGACAUUUCUGAGAAUUUUCUGACUUUGUUACCUCAUGAUGUAUUCUACAAUCUGCCUCCAAAACUCAAAGUGUUAAAGCUGGCCAGUAAUCGAUUGAAGACUUUUAACUGGGGGUGUCUUCCAGCACUAAAAAAUUUGGAAGUCUUGGAUCUUAGCAACAAUCAGCUGACCACAGUCCCACAUGAACUGUCCAACUGUACUAAGACACUUCAGACAUUCAUACUGAAAAACAACAAGAUUAGAAAGCUGACAGAUAAUUUUCUUAAAGAUGCUUUCUUCCUGAGGCAUUUAGAUCUUAGUUUUAACAAGAUCAAAACAAUCAAGAACUCUAGCUUCCCCAAAAAUGUUAUUAAUGGACUAACAACAUUAUACUUAAAUGGUAAUUUUUUCAAGUGUAAUUGUGAUAUUGUGUGGCUUGUCCACUGGAUCAAUGAGACAAAUGUAAAAAUCCCUUUCCUCGCAACAGAUGUGACUUGUGCAGGGCCAAGUGUAUGGAAAGAUAAAAGUUUGAUUUUAUUAGAUAUGCAUACUUGUGAAUCAAACUACUCUCAGAUCCUCUAUUUAUUGUCAGCUUUAUUCAUCAUACUUCUCAUGAUACUUCCAGUUAUAUGCCACCUAUAUGUUUGGGAUGUCCGGUAUAUUUAUCAUUUCUGCAUUGCCAAAUUAAAGGGAUAUAAACGUCUCUUUUCAUCUGAUGUUAAAUAUGAUGCUUUUGUGGUUUAUGAUAAUAAAGAUGCAGCUGUAACAGAAUGGGUCCUGAAAGAACUAAUUGAGAAACUGGAAGAUCAGAAAGAAAAAAAAUUCAAUAUUUGUUUAGAAGAAAGAGACUGGUUACCAGGUCACCCACUCAUGGAAAACCUUAAUGACAGCAUACAAAUGAGUAGAAAAACAAUAUUUGUGCUGACAAACAGCUACAUUGCAAGUGGCAACUUCAGAACAGCUUUUUAUAUGGCACAUCAGCGUCUUGUGGAUGAAAAAGUAGAUGUAAUUAUCCUGAUAAUUCUUGAGAAGCUUCUGCAAAUGUCAAAGUGUCUCCGUCUCCGAAUGACCUUGUGUAGGAGAUCUUGUCUUGAAUGGCCAACCAAUCCUCAGUCUCAGUCUUAUUUCUGGCAAUGUCUUAGAAACUCCCUCUCAGCAAAUAAUGAGUUCAGAUAUAACAAGCUUUUCAAAGAAAUGGUAUAACACUCAGUUGCAUUCUCAGAAAAUAUUUUGGAAAUUAUAGCAGAUGUAUGGGAUGAGACUGAAUCUCAAUCUCUAGGAGGAAGUUUUAAAGCAUUAAUAGAACCAGACAAACUUUUGGUUAUCUGAGAAAAAGUGCCCAGGAAGUGUAAUCCCAGAACUCAAUUUUCCAUUUAAUAACUGUUGAGUUAUGUAGGAAGCUUAUGCUGGUUUUUAUGAAUUCCCCCAAUCUAAGCAGGAAAAGUGAAAUGGAAGAGACAGAUUUUGGUUAUGAAUUUUCACAGCAAGAAUUUAUGUGUUUUCCUAUGUAAGCAUGUUUUCUUUCCAUUAUUCAGUACAAUUUGAAAGAAAAAAAUAAAAAUCAAUAUAAUCUUUAGCAUAAACUACAAUUACUGUAUAUUUGAAAAUGAAGUAUUUUGAAUUGACUCACUAUUUAUUUAUAUAUGAGGGGAAAAAACUUUACAUUACAUAAUGAUACAAUAAAAAUAUGGGAAUUGUAACAUAAUGGGGAUGUGCAGAUCAGUUGGAAUGCAUUCAGAAAUGGAAAGAAAGGAUAUGUGUGUGUGUGUGUGUGUGUGAAAAAAUUGGUGAUCUAAAUGCUUUUUGUAUAAUGCAUUUUCUUUUUUAAAAAGUCUUUCAUUACCGUUUCAAAAUCCAAAAAGAAAGGACUUUAAACGCUUACCCAAAUAUUAUCAGUGACUAAUAAAUUUAUGCUGUAAUCUGAAAGCAUCUAUGUUUGAAGCCAGUUUGGUAUAAUGAUUAAGACAUUAAGUAGAAACCAAAAGACCUUUAAUUCUAGUCCUGCCUUGGGUAAAAAGCCAAAUGGGUGACCUUGGCCAGUUACGGUACUUCUCUUGUCUCUAAGAAGAAGUAGAAUUGCCAAGUUACUUCUGAAAACAGCUGCCAAGAAAAUUUCAGGGAGUCCAAAAUGAUUUAAAAGGUGCAAUUGUUUAAAUGCAGUUUAUGUGUCUAUUGAUGGUUGAUUUGUUUGAAUGCAAAGCUUCCAAGAAUUCCCUAGUGUUUUGGGAUUUAACUUUCUAGGAUGGCCACACAUUUACAUGCAAUGAGACAAUUAAAAAAAACUAAGGAAACAAAAAAAUUACAUCCUCUCUAUCAGUCAAUAUACAGAUAAGUGGGGAUUAACACCAGCCAAACAAACAAGCAGAAAACAAUAACUAAUCAAGGAAAUGUUAAGGAGAAAACCACAUACCCACCAAGUAUGGGAGGGCAAGCUAUUGUGUAUAAAAAGCCAUCAAAGCCAUCAUGACUAGCAUUUAUAUGUUACCUAGCCAGGUAA